UAUUGCAGGUGAUCCAUCCCGACGCCAGCCGGGAACAUCACUCAGCCAGCCCUGUACCCACACCAGCAAGAUUGCAGCCAGCCCGCGGACCAGCAUCUCUCUUGCAUCUGCAAUACUACAGCCUCCUUCUUCUUCUUCUUCUUCUUCCCCACCCGCAGCAAAUCUCUCCCCGAAAAUGCCCCCGAAUUCUCCUCCCGCUCCCGCCCAGAUCUCAUGAUGAGCCACGCCCCGUCCCUCUCGGCGAGCUCCGUGGCGGCGGCGGCGGCGGGGCCGGACCCGGCGGCGCUCCGGCGGUGGGUGGCGGCCUUCUGCAUCAUCCGCUUCGACCUGGAGCAGGGGCAGGUGGUCGAGGAGUGCUACCCUCCCUCCGCCCUCCCCCCCGACCUCCUCCUCCUCGCCGCCUUCUCCUCCUUCCCCGACUCCACCUCCCACCACCUCCCCCGCCACCGCUCCUCCCUCCACGACUCCCUCUUCUCCUUCCGCCUCCCCUCCCCCCACCACCACAUCAACAAUAAUAAUACCGACACCGACACCGAUGGCGAAGAAGAAGAAGGCGACGGCUUCCUCUACGGAUUCGUGUUCAACCGGCAGCGGCAGGACCCGCGGCUGCCGCGCGGGGGCGAGCAGAAGUCGGUAGUGAUACUUUCCCACCUUCCCUUCUCGUCCGUCUUCCGGCUCCUGCUCCAGAUCCUCGGCCCGCUCUGCUUCGACCUCGGCCCCUCCGCGCUCUCCCUCGUCGCCUCCCACGUCGCCUCCUGGCCGCCCCCCUCCCCCGGCCACCACCCCAUGUCCCUCCCCAUCGGCUCCGCCUCCCUCCGCGUCCUCCUCCCCGACGCCGCCGCCGCCCUCUUCCCCGACUCCGACCUCUUCUCCUCCUUCCGCGGCCUCCUCCUCCACCUCUGGACCCUCUGGGAGCUCGUCCUCAUCGCCGCCCCCCUCCUCGUCGUCGCCCCCUCCCCUCCCCAGUGCUCCGACGCCGUCGCCGCCCUCGUCAGCCUCGUCGCCCCCCUCCGCUGCCGCGCCGACUUCCGCCCCUACUUCACCAUCCACGACCCCGACUUCCCCCGCCUCAAUUCCCUCCCCGACGGCCUCCCCUUCCCCCCCAUGCUCCUCGGCGUCACCAACCUCUUCUUCCUCCGCGCCCUCAAAUCCAUCCCCAACGUCAUCUCCGUCGGCUCCCCCGCCCCCUCCUCCUCGCGUCUCCUCCCCCCUGCCUCCUCUACCGCCGGCACCGCUACCGCUGCCGCUGCCGCGAAGAAAUUCUCCCCUUCCCGCCUGCUGAAUGCCGUCAAGCUGCGCAGAGACGGCCCGCUCUGCCUCAUGACCGAGCACAGGGAAGCCUUCUGGAGUGCGUAUGCCCCGGCCACGAAGCCCGACACCGCCGUGCUCAACAGGCUGGUCGACGCGGGGGUGUCUCCGAGGAUCGAGGAGUCGAUGUCGGUCGUUAACAACGAGAUUCUCCGGCGGCACUUCUUGGAGCUGACCACCAACUUCCUCGCCCCCUUCGGGCCCUAUUUGAGAGCCACCGCUCCGUCGGAAGGGAGCUCGCCUUUCGUGGAUCCCCCGCCCUUGCCGCCGUUCCGUGCCGACGAGUUUCUGGAUGGUUUGGCCGCGAGAGGUCCCGGCAAGUUCUUGUCCAAAAGGAUGAGGUCUAAUUGGUUGGACUUAUACAGGCGAUUCUUGGAAGGGCGAAAUUUCAUGCCGUGGUUCCAAAAAAGGCGAGCCGCUGCUGAACAAGAGCAACAGAGAGUGUGGAGGGAGGCUAGGAUGAGCGUGGACGUACAGAAGCUUAUAUCGAAAAUGUCCGAGUUGGAGAGAGUUGAUUUGUUUAAUGCUGUCGAGAAGCACCUUCUUAGAGAGGUUCAGCAUUCUGGGAGCGGAACAGCAGAUUCUGCAGCCACAAGCCAGAAACUAAAGAAAGACCUUCAAACAGUGUUCAAUGUGCUUCCAAAGGACAUGCAACAGCUUCUCCUCUCCAACCCUAAGAGAGCAGCUCUUCUCCAUGGUAGCCCCGAACACACAAAGGUACCGGGAAACCCUUCUUUACAAGGAUCCAUAAUUUCUCAAACAGAUUUGUCCAUUUUUCCUUUGUAAAAUUAUCAUUUUAUGUUCUUUAGUGUCUGAAUGGUUGUGCCGGCUAUUCUCUUAUUAUUUAUGAGAGAUCGGUCGCAUGUUCAUCGAUUGACUAUUUUCACUGGCACGACCAUGAAAAGCUUUAAGGGUCUAUUUACGUAGACAAGCUUUUCGUCCAAUCGUGAUUUUGUUAUAAAAUUGUUUUAGGUUUGCUGCACAUCACCUAACUGUAUUUUAUCAACUUCAUCUUCUUGCCUCCAAAAUCCGAUUGCUUGCUUCAUAGAGAGGGACUCAUGCAACAUUACUUUUAUCAGCCUUUUAUUUUUUUGGGUUGAAAGAGAAAUUUAGAAACUUUCAUGGGAAAUAAAGAUAGUAAUACAUUUUGCCUUU